AUUCGAGCGCAAUCAAUAAUAAAAUUCGCCCGUAACAGUGAGAGAAAUUCGUUGUUUUUCUAUCCGUUCUGUGAAUUCGCAUGACAUUCGUAAAAUGGCCCGUUCUAUAAGAAGCCGUCCGCACGACAGUACGCAUAACGUAGUCGGCGUCAAGUUAAAGCUUCACGCGGAAAGUUUGGAUUUCCCGACGAAAUGAUCCGACCGUUAGUUUCGACAGGGGCUCAGUAGUUUUUUUUUUUUUUUGGUUUCUUCAAUUCAAUUAAUUAGGGGCUUUUCCGUAUUAUUUGUUUAUUUAUUUUGAGUGAAAGUCGCGAAAAUGGAGGAGCGUGUGUACAAAAGUGAUUUGUCUUAUCCUAUUGAAGAAAAAAAGUGCCUCAUCUACAGAAUAUUUGGACAAGUACCUGCCCGUUUGGUUCUUUAUCUGUUGUCAUGGUCUGGUUUUCUUGUGUCGUUCAUGAUGAGGAACGACAUCAAUUUGGCCAUUGUGGCAAUGGUGGCCGAUCCGAACAUCCAAAAUCACAAUUCGACCGGCGAAUAUUGUUUCGUCCUGCCCGAAUCGUCCAACGUCACCGCCACAAUUGAUCGUAGUGGUACGUUGAACUGGUCCGGACGCGUCCAGAGCUACGUCCUCGCCUCCUUCUACUGGGCCUACAUCGUGUCCCAAGUGGUGGGCGGAGUCGCCACCCAAAUGCUGGGCACUAAACGCGUUUUCGGCUAUGCGCAGCUCGCCACCGCCCUCUGCAGUCUCUGCAUUCCUGUGGCCAGCGAGACCCACUUCGGUUUCGUCAUCGCCUUGCGUUGCAUCCAAGGAUUCGCAUCGGGAUUGACGUGGCCAGCCAUGUACGCGCUGGUCGGCCACUGGAUCCCGGUGCCGGAACGCAGCCGGUUCAUGAGCAGCUUCCAGGGCUUCAGCAUCGGCAUCGGCAUCACCUAUCCGCUGGCAGGGUUCCUGAUCGCCCACCUGGGCUGGCGGUCCGUCUUUUACACCACCGGAUCUAUAGGCGUCGCCUGGUGCGUGAUCUGGUACCUGUUGGCGUUCGACAGUCCCGAAACCCAUCCGAGGAUUAGUCUGCGAGAGCAGCAGUACAUCAAGGAGAACACGGUCAACACGUACGCCGCCUCCAGGAAGCAGACGGUGCCGUGGAAGGCGAUUUUGACCUCGAUGCCGGCCUGGUCCAUUGGUAUCACCACGUUCGGCAGGAUCUGGGUGCAUUACGUGUUCAUCAUUCCGGGGCCGACUUACAUGAAGAGCAUUUUAGGAUUUAGCAUUGAAAAGAAUGGUUUGUUGAGCGGAGCCCCGUUCAUCUGCAGCUACGUGGCUUCGGUGCUUUUCUGCUAUAUCGCCGACAAGCUUGCCACCAAGAACUUAAUGUCCUUAACCAACAUCAGAAAAUUAAUGACCAUGUUGUCUCAAGUCGUACCAGGGCUACUGGUACUGCUAAUCUCCUACUUAGGUUGUGAUAUAACGUUGGUGCUGAUCGUGUGGUUCAUCGCCGUAACUCUGAUCACAGCCUCUUACGCAGGAGCCAUGGCCAAUGUUGUGGACAUCGCCCCAAAUCUUGCCGGUCCCGUGUUGGCCUUCGCCCAAACCAUCCACAUGACGGCCAGCUUUCUGAGUCCCCUGGUGGCGUUCCACAUCCUCGACGAGAAGGAGCACAUGAUCGAAUCCUGGCGGACGGUAUUCUAUCUGACCGGCUUCAUAGCCAUCACCACCUACGUCGUGUACCAGAUCUGGGGUACGGCCGACGUGCAGCCGUGGAACGACACCUCCGGCCCUGUUGCGACGGCCGAACAGGAGGAGCUGAUGAACGAGAAGCGGAACGGUGCCAAAACGAACGAAACGGUCGCCUAAAAUUUACUAUUAAGGUCCCCCCACAAAUUAUUUAGGAUAUUUAUUUCGUUAGUGAUAUUUCUGAUUAAUGUGAUAGAUUAUUGAUUGUGUUAUGCACCAAGGAUGGUUAUUCGGGCACGAUCUUAAAAACAGCCAUUUCAUGGGUCCAAGUAACAUGGAACGUUUCAAUUUAAAAUAGAUUAGUGCCUGGGUAAUCAUUGAUUGAUAGAUUAGGUCUCGAUUAUAUUUAUGAGACAAUCAUUUAACUACUACGAAAAUGCGGGGCAAUAACUGUACAAUUGAUGUUUGUUGCGUCAGUUAUUGGGUCUCAAAACCAUGUUCUCAAAUCGACCAGUAUUUUACUACUACUACUAGUACUACCACAAUUUUAUUACUUAAUUCCAACGUACUUAUUUUUAUUAUAUGUACAUUUUUUUCACACCUCGUGUAUAGAAUAGUUUUUAUACAAUAGACUACUAGGCAACAGGGUGUUGUUUUAAGUUUGUAUUUUUAUUUAAUUGUCUAUGACUUUUGUAUAUACUUCUGAAAACCAAUAACAAAUUUGCCAUGUUUAUAAUCGUAGCUCAACACAUAUAACUACGUUAACCUAUUCAAAUUAGUUUAAGAAAUUAGUUGAUUGUUGAUGAAAUUUUAGGACAUGUGCCAAGUUAAUGUUUAAUCAAAAAAAUUAUAUUAAUAUUGUAGAAUUCUUGAACAAAAAAAAGCAAAUGACAAGUAACAUUCCUAGAGUUUUAUUGAAAAGAGAAUCGUACAAUCGUACUAUUUAUUGUAAGUUCUUAUAUAUUUUUAUGCAACUGUUAGAUUUAAUAUGAGUUUUAUAGUGUGGUGAAACGCACAUUCAGGAAAUGGUUUAUAUUAAAUUAUAUUAGUUUUGUUUCAUGUGUAUUUUUUCACAGUGUAUAAUUGUUGAAGACACAGUAUUUAAUAGAUUGAAUAUAUUUUUGUUUAUUCA